UCGGCAGGUAUUUGAUUCGAUUGGGGACUACCAUUGGCUUAUUUAAGUUUCAACACUUCCUGUCGUGAUGUUGCACAUUCUGCUCCGUCUUUGGACUUAGGGUCUUAGGACUGCGGAUGUGAUAUCAACUAUCUAAUCACGAACAGCAAAACUAACGACAACGACAACAUGCCUGGGCUUAUCCAAGAGUCAUCCUUCAAGACCAUCACGGUCAAGGAGCUGCAUCCUACGUUCGGUGCUGAAGUCAGUGGCGUUAACUUCCAAGAUCUAUCUGACGAGCAGUUUAGAGAGAUAAUUGCUGCCAUGGCUAAGUACGGUGUGUGCGUCUUCCGGAACACGGGUUUAGAUGACAUAGCCCACGUCAAAUUCUCCGAACGCUUCGGGGAGCUUGAUAACAUCCGCCGGUAUCUUAUGGGAGGGCGGAAACCCCGAUACGAGCUUUACGAACUGUUCGACGCUGGGAACAUAGAUGCCGAGACUGGUGGAAUCCUCGAUCCGGAGAGUGCACGGGCACACUCCAACAGGGGUAAUGGGCUCUUCCAUGCGGACUCGACGUUCAACCCACGGCGAGCAUCGUUCUCUCUCCUACGCGCCUGUGAGCUCCCACCCCCGGGACACGGCGGCAACACGGACUUUGCCGACUCACGAACUGCCUUUGAGGAACUUCCCGAAGAUCUACGAGGGGAGCUCCUUUCACACGAUUAUGUAGGUGCGCAUUCAAUGGCGCAUUCUCGAAAACUGGGUUCGCCUGCCUUCUUCGAGGACGUCGACCCGACAAAAUCGCCAAUGCAACGCCAUCGAAUCGCACAACUUCAUGAACCUAGCGGGCGAAUGAAUUUAUUCGUCGGUGCCCAUUUGCACCAUAUUGAGGAGAAUGGCAAGGAGAUCCCGAACUCCUGGGACCUGGUCCAACGACUCAACCAGCACGCCACACAGAAGAAGUAUACCACCACCGUGCAGUGGGACAACCUUAGUGAUUUAGUUAUUUGGGACAACCGAUGCGUGUUGCACCGAGCAGGCAGUGGUACCUUUGAAGGCAAAUUCAAGCGUGACAUGAGGCGAACAACAGUCCACGAUGAUAGUCCGACGGCUUGGGGGUUGAAUUCAAAAGAGAUCGCUUGGCAAGGUUUUAACUCACAGGCGAAACCCAAACACGCCGGAGCAGUGGGGGUAUAAUAAUUGAUGUUAGUCUUUGGUUUUAUUACUCUGAUAGGUUGAUAUUAUUUAUAGUUCAUUUGUUGUAAGAACUACCUACAAGCAUGACUGUUGCGGAUUACCUUAUGUAAAGAUAGGAGUUUAUAAUUGAUGCUGGGAUUCCUCUAUGGCUACUUGUUAUUGGUUAAAUUUAUUGCUGCUUCUUAGAUAUA